GUUCCACCUUGCUUGUUUAUGACGGCAUUCUUUUUCCUUGUAGGCUGAGUCGCGUACUAUCCCUGUCUAAUUGCCAACGUUUUAAUUUGAUCAGCUCAGUCCAACCAAAAUGUUUCUGGCCAAGAAACUCAUCGGAGGCAUUAUUGAUGUGGUCAGUAACAUCGACCCAGGCCAGUUUGUACCCUCUGAUCCUCCUCCUCCACGCAGGCCACUUGCCUAUGCCGAAGCACACGAGAGUGAUGAAGAGCGGCAAUUCCGUAAAGUCUUUCAGCAGCUUGCCGGAGACGAUAUGGAGGUGAGCGCGAAUGAACUCAUGAACAUCCUCAACAGAAUCCUUGGCAAACAUUCUGAUCUGAAGACAGACGGCUUCACCAUUGAGUCCUGCAGAAGCAUGGUUGCUGUUAUGGAUAGCGACAGCACAGGCAAACUGGGCUUCCACGAGUUUAAACAUCUGUGGAACAACAUCAAGAAAUGGCAGGGUGUGUAUAAAACUUACGACACAGACCAUUCGGGUGUGAUCGGAGCAGAUGAAUUGCCCAACGCUUUUAGAGCUGCAGGUUUCCCACUGAAUGACCAGCUCUUCCAGAUGAUCAUCCGCAGAUAUAGCGAUGAGGACGGAAACAUGGACUUCGAUAACUACAUCGGCUGUCUUGUGAGAUUGGACGCAAUGUGUCGUGCCUUCAAAACCCUGGACAAGGACAGCAAUGGCACCAUCAGAGUCAACAUCCAGGAGUGGCUCCAGCUAACAAUGUACUCGUGAGCAACAGAACGUCCGCACUGAUGCCAAGACCAUCAAGCCAAUGCAUUUUUGCAACCCAAUCAAAACUCUUGCACGUCUCUGGCAGAAACAUUGUUUUUUAUAAUGUUAGCUUCUUCAUGUUACAUUUUUAGUGCCAUAAGGACUUGCUUUUGUUACCUUUUGGUGUUUUUUUUUGCUUUCUUUCUUUUUUUUUUUUAAUGACACAGCAACUUUUAAGGUAGCGAAAUACCUACCAUGAGUAACAGCUAGACUCUCUCACUCGAGCCCCCCCAGAUAAUCACAGCAGGGUACACAGCACAAAGUAAUAAUUACUAAAACAAAUGUCAUCGCUACGUCAAGCCAUCGGUGCCCAGCAGUGGGCAGCAACUACGUCGAGGUUGCUAUGAAAAAAAAAAAUACAGUUACUGUCUGUGGAAUGCUCACUGUUAUAUUUUUACUGAAUAAAUGAAAGAGUCAUAACCUGUAA